UCCAUAUUCUAAUCCUAAAACUGUGGCAUUCGACGGAAAUUCAGAGCUAAAGCAAUCGAAGUUUUUAAAUUGUAUCGUGGUUUACUAACAAGACAGUCAAAAGUGUGAAUUUGUCGUGUGUCGCGUGUCGCGUGGCGUGUGGCGUGUGUCGAGUGGUGUGUGGCGUGCGGUUAGUGAGUAAAGCGCACGGAUCGUGUGUCUUGUGGUUUCCGGGGCCCGGUAGAGCGUGCGCGCAUGCAGGGGCGCGCGGGAGCUGGCCCGGGCGGGCUCCGCACGCACCCGCGCGCCCUGCCGCCCGUACUGCCCCCGCCGCCGCAGUUCGCGACCGAACAAGACGAGAUGCCUGCCAGCCAGAUUGCACAGGUGAUCGCGCUGAUAUGCGGGCUGCUGGUAGUGAUACUGAUGGUCUUGGGGCUGGCUUCGGCCGACUGGCUGAUGGCGGCGGGCUGGCGGCAAGGUCUGUUCAUGCACUGCAUCGACCCUGAGGCGCCCACGCCGCUCCCCUUCGACAUAACCGCGCAACCCGGUUGCUAUGCUGCAAGACCUGCACCUUAUAUUAAGGCCGCAGCAGGACUUUGCGUGGCGACGCUAGCAGCGGAUGUGUGCGGUGCACUGCUGACGGGACUGGGGCUGCGCUCCGCCGACCACCGCACCAAGUUCCGCUACUACAGGUUCGCGGUCCUAGCCAUGGCUCUUGCACUAAUGUGCAUCCUGAUAGCGCUAGUGAUAUACCCGGUCUGUUUUGCUGCAGAAUUAAAUCUGGGCAACAGGUCUGUUUGGGAGUUCGGCUGGGCAUACGGCGUGGGUUGGGGCGCCGCCAUCUUCCUUUUCGGCGCCGUCAUACUGCUUCUUUGCGAUAAAGAGAGCGAAGAGCUCUACUACAAGGAACGGAAAGUGGUGAGCGGAGAGGGAGGCGGGCGACCCUAGGGUCGCGGGCGCCUGCCCGACCUCGUGCCGUGAGCGCACUAGCUGCCACGCGACACGCACACACACACACAGCGCACACACACACGCCCACACAGACACAGGGUGCCUCCACACACCACCUUCGAACCCACACCGACACGCUUACGUAUGAUUAUGUAACGGUCCAAAAUAUAUAUUCGUAUCGUUUUUGAAAGUCGUACGCUUGUUACGUAAGACGUUUUAGAUUAUAAAUGAAUCCUUACGAUAAAUAACGUCAAUAUUAAGUUUGAUUGGCAGAAAAUAAUUUUCUACAUUUUAAUACAAAUGUUGAUUGAAAGGUCGUUCAUAAAAGUAAAAAGCGUCUUACGUAACAAAUGAGAGACCAACUUAUUAAUCAAGGUACAGCAGUGAUAUGGUGUAUUACUAGGUAUAUUAUAUGGACACAAUUAUUUUUGUAAUAGUAUUUUUAAGGUUGGAUGGUGGUGCAUUUGGUAAUUUCUAAGAGUUAGUGCGACAGCCAUGUUCGAAAACUAAAAUUUUGUCGCCUUAGUACAAGAUUUGCUCGCUUGCAAUCGCAAUCGAGGUUAUCGCGUAUGGAAAUACUUGAAAAAUUAAGUAAAAUGGAUCUUGAUUGCAUUGUGGUGAAACUUAAAUUUUCCUGCAAUGCUUUAGUUCGGGCUUUUGACAAAGUGUUGAUAAGACAAAAAUCAGAUGCACAGGAUUUGCGACUCUAAGGCGAGUGACAUUAUGUCCAUUUUACGUUUACGAUUCAGAGAUUUUACAUGCGAAAAUGACUCUCGAUUGCGAGCGAUCAAAUUAAGUACAACAUUUUUAGGCUACAGUUUAUCUUUGUACGCUUACAGAGUCGAUGAGCUCUGGAUCUGAAAUUACCAAAUGCUUCAUAAGCGAAGUCGCUGUAACAUUUAUGUCCUGGUUAGUACAAUUGUUUUGUGAUAAAAUUAAUUUAUUUUUGUAUAACUAGAUAUUUUUAUUUAUCAAUCGGUGGUGUGGUUCGACACGAAUGUUAUUCAUAAGAUUGGAUGGAAUCUCGUCUAUCGAGUUUAGCUUAUAAGCUUUUACGAAGUGUCUGUUUCGUUAGGGCUUUCAGUGUGUGGCUUUCGGGGUGAUGCCUAUCGCAGGCAAACCCGGACGGCGUGUUACUAUUCCGCUCGGAUACUCGACUCGCGUCAAAUACGGAAGAUUCGUAAUGCUCGCGCUGAACAGUUUUGUUUCUACACAUUAUUUUUUUACCUAUAUUUUGUUCAAUUAUUAUCCCUUAAAUUUUUAAAUUAUACUUUGAUGAAUUUAUAUACGACACAUUUUCAAUUGAUUAAUUUUGUCAUAAUUUUUUAAGCUACGUACUAUUUUUGUGUAAUCGCUUCGGAUGUGGUUUGGUGAACGUUGAAUCUAUCGGGAAUCUCAACACUAAAAAAGACUGGGUGUCAAAAUUGAUAUUUAUAGGAUUAUGUAUAUGUUUGUGAAUCGCCUCACGGCCAUGUUUUGUUAACUUUUUAGUUUUAAGAAUUUUAGGCUGUCCUGUAAUCAGGUGCGAAAUUUUCUCCCAAAUAUUGACAGAUGACGGAAUUUGAUAGUAAACGGUUCGUCUUGUGACGUACUACGUACUAUCAGAAUAACGCAUUUCGAAAUUUUCAGUCAUAAUUUCGCACAGCACGGCUAGCUUGAGCAGGAGACCAAAUUUUAUCCUCUGAGAAAGGAUAAAAUUGACUUGUACACUUGCCAAAGCACCGCUCUAGGGGAAAGGAGAAGUUACCAAUCGUUUGUCAUUUCACUUGGACAUAUGUCCCUUGUCCAGUAGGGCUAACAUACUUAGAGAUGGUAGAGAUAAUUAUGUCUAUCAUUUUCUCGUCCUAUUUCUAUGUGAGAAGACCAGAUAAUGGGUAGACAAAAUUAUCUCGUGACACAAAUCUUAACCCGGCUGAGCUACGUUGAGCCAGUAUUUCCCCCAUUUUAUCUAAUGCGGAUAUUAUUUCACAGUUUUGCUCGCAGAGUGGAUAAAACUGUGGAAGGGGAUAAGAAUUUCGUUCUUUCCCCCAUUGAGCAAUUGUCUCCUGCCUAUGUUAGUCUUGCAGUUGUAGGAUUGGAAUGUUAAGUUAAGUGCGUCGUCGUUUCGUUUAGAGCUGGCUAUCGCGCGGCGGGCGGUGCAUUCACGCUUUACGUACUCGCGUACCUCGAAUGUAAUCCGUUCCAAAGAGCGUCGCUUUUAUUUAUUCGCUUUAAGUUAUUCGUCCUAGUGGUUUUUGUAAAUAUGUUUAGUGGAGUAGUGAUCGGUCGAUGUGUAUUAUCCUUGUGUGGUGUGACGUGGCGGGGCACGAGGCGAGGCGCGAGGCGCGUGGCGAGGCGCGAGGCGAGCGGGCAGGCGGCGGCGACGCCCGCUACUGCCUCACUGACCUGCGUUUUUGUAAUACGGACAUUUAGUGUUACUGCACAAUUAGUGAUAACGUGUGAAUGGACUCCGCGAGGAAUCGUAUCGGGCUAUGACUUAACUGAGAUAUUUAAUGGAAUUAAUUAUUGAACUUUUACGAUGUUACCCUCUUUACACUGUUUCAAUUGAACCGGAAUGAAGGUAAAUGAAGAACUAUUAACCAUAACCACACAUUAACCAAAUAUGAUCUCUUGAAGAAUACACGUAAAACCCGGUAAAUUACACUUGCAUGGGACGUGUGGUUAUUAUAAUAUCUAUAUACUCUAAAAUACAUUUUCAUAUUCAAAAUUUUACUGAAUUUUACCUUAUAAAAACUAUGCCGUAUUAAAAAACAUAAAGAUAAUUAUUCUAUCAACCGUACACGCUGCAAGCGUAAGCGAUCCACGGUAUUCGUUUUCACAUCGAAUCAAUUGCACGAAGCCAAUUGAAAUACUUUAAUGAGGCACUGGAGUCUAUUGCACUAUAGAAAACUUGUUGCAUAGAAAAGUUUCAGAUGCGAGCGCUCUGUAUUUCGCUUUCUAAAGAGCUCUUUGUUAAUUCAGUUCUGAUAAACCUGUAGAAAUUCAUGCCGUUAAAAAAAACUUCUCUCUUUUUAAUAAAUAACUUAGCAGUUUUGCUCAGUGAUGCUAUAAAGUUAAAUAGUAUAUAAAUUGGAAUUAUUUUGAGCCUGAGUGAGUUUAAAUUCAGUUGUAAACUAAGCGGAGGUAAAAUUAGAUGUACUAAAUUUUUUUUUAAAAAGCUUUCUUUAUGAUUCGUCUGUGAUAUUACGUGUAUUUAAUGAAAAUCAUUUUUUUAACAAAAAACUAAAUGUCCGACAAUUUAGACACCUUAAUAGUUAUUGGUUUACCUUCAGUCAAGUUUCUUUUGGAACACACCAUAUUUGGGUACGUUUUACACGUAUAUUUUUCGUAUUUUAGUCCUAAUUAUUAUACUCGGUUAGGAUGUUGUUACACCUACACGAUUGAUUUUGCAUUAAAAUCUUGACGAAACUUUAAUUAUUCAGUAUAGCUCAGGAUUUAGCGAUUUAUGUACCCAGUUGAUCUAAUACAGAAUAUUUUCAAAGGUUAAUCAAAUGAGAAACGAAAAUAUAUGAGAACGAUUGAUUGUUAAUUUAUUGCUGGUCGUUUUGAUGUCAUAGAACACAUUUUUUGCUUUUAUUAUUCUAAAAGUUAUCUUGGACAUUUACUUCUAAGAUAGAUUUAAUUGGUAUCCGAAAUAAAAUAAAAAAUCAGCAACGUUUUUGACGUCACACUGCGUGAACUUUGACGCUAUCAAAAUCAAUAAUAAACUCUAACUUCGAACUAUUUAAAUGACUAGGCACUACAUAAAAAAAUAAUAUAAUUACGAUUAUACAGGAAGUUUAAUGUAGUACGAUUACAUGAAGAUAGGUUUUAACGUGGACGUGUAGGUAUGUUAUAUCGCGAUCGAAAAACGGAAAACAUGAUAUCGUCACGUCGGAAAUUAAAAAAUAAAUUAUUGAAGACUGCAAACGUUUUAAGUCUAUGUUGAUCGUGUGAGUGUAAUAGCACCAUUAUAUGCAUGAAAAUAAAUAAGUUUGUUUUUACGAUAAUACUCUUUUGGAAUUGAAUUGUUUCACAAUCUCAAUAUUUUCUUAAUACUUAUUCGUGAUAGUUUAUAUAACUAGGGAUCUGUAAUUAAUUCGUGUGUAAUGAUUGAUAUAUUGCUAACAAAGAUGAUAUAUAAUAAGUCGAUUUAUAGAUAUGUUUGAAUAAUUAAGUGUUCAAUGGUUUCCAUCGUUUCUCAAACUUUAUGGAGGGUCGAGAUCUCGUAGAUGUUGCAUUUAGAUGUAUAGGAUGGUAUAAAAAAUAAAACAUAGGUGUAUAGGUUUGAUACAUAUUUCUGUAUCCGGCUCGAAGGACCACGCAAAAUGGUACAGUCUGGGACUGAUUAUGUACUUCUGAAAGCGAAUUGAGCCAAUAUUUCCAUAAGUAGACCUUUAUUUAGUCCUACUCUGAAUAAAACGGAAAUAACUAAAACUGUCACAGACAGUUUAAUAACAGUUAAUAAUAUUUAAAUUUCUCCUUUUUAAAUAAAAAAAAUGUUUUCAUUGUUUUUUUUAGCCAAAAAUAUUUAAAAGAUACGUGUAAGUAAUACGUAUUUAUUACAUGAUGUGUUAAAUUUAUUUAUAUGAUUUUCGAUUAGUUUGGUUUUUAUUAGUUUUUAGAAAGUUUGAGAAUCGAUGAAUGAAGAGUACUGAUGUAAUGAACCUCAGGUUACUAUGGAAAUUUUUAAAUUUAAUGUUAGUUUUUUAUUUUGGUUAUUAAGGCUUUAAUUCCGCACUGAAAACUGAAUCGUGUAUUUAUUAUUUGUAACUGUUCUUUUUGAUUAAUUUAUAUACAUACGGACAUAUUAAUAAUAUAGAGCAAGUGAAUACUUAAACUCUGAUUUCUUUCAUUCUGCCAUUAGUAAGUUAACAACUGCUAUAACACGACUAUACGUAUGAAAUAUAUUGUUUAAUGUAACAAUAAGUGAACUAAAAUAAGUAUCUUGUUAAUAUUAUGUUGAGGUCUUGUACAAAUGCUAUAGAGCCCAGGUUAUAUGUAUUGGUAUUUGACACAAAUGACUGUCAAUAUGUUGGACAUAAAUUGCAGCAAGGAAUGUGUUAAUUUAAAUGUUCGAUAAUCAAGACUGCAGUUUAACAAUUAUGUAACAUACUGUGACGCAAAGGAAUUUUGUAAGAAGGAAUACAUGUUAAUUUAAAAUAACAUGACGGUUAACACUGAAUGGAUAUGCUCGUUCAAUAAUUUAUUAGAUAAUGUUUAUCUGACUUCGCUGAGGUGUUAUUAAAUUAAGAUCUUCGAUCUAGAUAUAUCAGUCGUCGACACGUGUCUGUGAUAAGUAAGUCCUCACCAACGAAUAGUUAAUCUAUUUUCGUUAGUUUGUGUGCAAUCUUUGUGUAUCUUACCUACAAAAAACAGAACAUAAAAUAAAACAUUUAUGCACUUUAACUUAAAUGAAUGAAUAUAAAAAACCGGACUUACAUUUUCAAUGGGACUGCAUAAUAUCUAUUUUUUGAUGAUCGUAGAUCUAGAACAUUGCUUAUCCGCAAGACAGUGGUAUUGUCGAGAGUCACAAGUGCUUACGGGAUAACGACAAAUCAACAUGGCAGGUGUCCAUGGGAGGUAGCCCUGAAGCGUGAGGUCUAGGAUAAUAUUAUAAUCAAAUGAUUACUAACGGUUUUGUAACUUUAGUUAAAUGUAUAGAUAUAGAAUGGUCUAUUAAAUAAGCUUUAUUAACUCCCUAAGUUGCGUUUUUGUCAAAAUGUCCGCUUCAUAACACCCUCAUGUAACGGAAAUAUCCCUUCAGAAGUAAUAACAUCUCACCGAUAAACAUAUUAAAACUAAAUAACAUCACAUGUUCAUGUAAGAUACAAAGUAUUGUAUGAGUAAAGUUCAAAAUGUAAAUCAUAAUCGAUGAUGUUGUAAGUAAAUGGAGGUAGAUUAGCUGUAUGCGCUACAAAAAUGGUAUAUUAGAACUUGGUCGAUUAAUUAAGCGUAUUGGCACAAUGAUUAUUGACACUACGUGUACUCUAGCCGCCUGAUGUACCUUAAGAUUGCAUUUAAAAAAACAUGUGAGUCACCCUUUGGAGACUGCCGAUAGAAGUGAAAACGAAAUCUAUGUACAUAUAUACAUAAUAUAAAUGCCUGACAGAAGCAGCCAUACUUUUAUUUAUUUAUUUUUAUUUAUACUCUUUAUUUGCAACACCAAAAAUACAGAAGAAUUAAAAAAAAAAACACAGACAAGCAGUAAACAAAAGGCUUAGUAGCGAUCUCUGCCAGGCAACCUUAGGAAAAACCAAAGUUUAACAGACUGAAGGUUGUGCACAAUUUAAAAAAAACAUAACAGAACCAUACAAGAACUUGACUCAGUUAAAAUUCUGUAAAAAAAAUCACAGAAACAGUUUUUUAUUAAAAGUUAUUUAUUCCACUUUUAUUGUUUACCAGUCUUUGUUAACGUGGGCUAUCUACCUAUUUACUUAUAAAUUUAUCGUAGGUUCAAAAUAAAAUAACAUCUGUAAGAGUAAAUUAAUGUUUUGUAGUUUAUUGUUUAAUGUAAUUUAAGAACCAUUGAAGUGGGGGGGCGUGCGGGUUAUCUAUUUCUUUUUUUUUGCAUAUAAAGAAAGUUGUUGGAAGUGCAAUCGGGCAUACCCAACAUUGUUUUUUAAUUGUACCUUUAUUACAAAACUAGAAAACUUUUUACAACGUUUCAAAGAUAUGUAUUAUUUUUAGAUUUACAAAAAAGGAUGGCAUUUCUAAUUUUGUGUAAACAUUUGCUUAGGUGGGCCCUUAAUAUUAAGGUUUACUAACACCACUAUAAACUUGUCAUCAAACAAAUAAUCACAAAUUGUUGCAUUUUUACAAGAUAUUAUUCUACUAAUUUAAUUUAAUUUUGCCGCGGGUAUAGAUUACAGAAAAGAAAAAAUAUCGACGUAAACAGGCUUUUUAGAGGCCGUAUUAUUAAAUAUGGCAUACCGACGGAAAAGCUUCUUCAUUCGCAGUGCUACUUUACAGUCAGUCGACGUAUGACAAACCUCGAGGUUGGAUAACUACACCAAGUUUAUGACAUGUUUACUAAUAAAGCCCCGAAGGUUAAUCUACAGUGGUAAACUUUUACUACAAUUACAAUUAUUUUACAAGUACAAUUUUUUUAUUUUUAGUAUGCGAUUAUACUAGUAAUGAUAAUAAUGAAUGUUUAUUUAGUGUCAUAAACAUUACACUUACAUAUUUUAUUAAAAUAUAGGCUAUAAAAACUGUCAUCCUUAUGUUAUCUGUAUAAAUCGUCCAAUGAGACCUACACAUAUCUUUUUACGUGCCGCGUUGUGUAUCUUCACAUUUCCGGAUAUAGUUGAUCGCAGACUGCCGUACUCGUGCCGUUAAUCUCAUUUUUCAAUACUGAAGCCUUGGUACAAUAAUUGCCCGCUCGCUAUCGAGGUGUCGUCCUCUAAUAUGGAAAUACUUGAACAUCAGGGUAAAAUGGAUCUUAUUAAAAAUGAAUUAAAGUUCAAAUUUUCAAACAACUCUUUAGCUACAACGUUUGUAAAACAAAAAUCAGAAGCACAGGAUUCGCUACUCUGUAACGAGCGACUUUAGGUCCAUUUUACUUUGUCAAUUCAUAGUUUGAAAUGCAAAAACGACUCUCAAAUCUUGUACGAAAGUACUGUAUCGUACGCGCAAUGAAAGUUAGUUAGUCAUGAUGGAUGUGUCGAUAUAGUAUAUGGGAAUAAAAUCAUGACAUUGUACAUGCGUGAGUAUGUAAGAGCUAAGUUUACAAACGCCUCAACCUCGUUUAUGUUUAUCUGUUAUCUCUUGUGUUUCUAUUAGUAAGCGAUCCCGCGAUUUAAAUAUUUUACUAACCGUACUGUAAAUGGGAAUGACGGCUCGAGUCGACCACAUCGGACGGGCCAAAACGUCAUGCGCAAAUCUAUGCAAAUGACUCCAUUCGUAAUUUCAUUAGAUUAUAAGAUUUUAUAUGCGGCAGUAAGCGAUCAAUCUUAAUCAUUGUGACGAGUGUUUGUGGUCAGAAUGCAGAUUUGUCAUUAUAACAUCAGUAUUUUGUAAGGGCCGCCGAUUAUCGUGACUUUUUGUUGCUGUCAUCUAUUGUCGCCCACUAUGCGUCCACUGUUAAAUGUUACUCGGCGACGAAAUGCGCUCUUUCCAAAGUUUUUAUGACGUCUGUGACGCAGUGGUUUUAAGUUGGAGUUCCCGGGUUCGAUUCCUGGCAGGGACAAUUUUCGUAUGGUUUUGUGGGAGGCUUCGGUUGUAGCUAGAUACCACCAUACCGACAAAGACCAGCCGCUAAGCGAUUAAGCGGUACGGUACGAUGGCUCUCAGAAACCGAUUCGGGGGCAUGGGUUUAAUAUAACUGCAAUACUUCCUAACAGUUAGCACGUUACCUUUUUAGACUGCAUCAUCAAUUACUAAUUUGAUGGGGAAUAAAAAAACAUGUCAAAGAACUUGUCGUAAUUUGUGUAGCUGUAUUGUAUAGCCAAGUACAGUACUUGGCGACAAAAAGUCAGGGCGACAAAAAAUCACUAUGAGCAGCGCCCCUAAACAUACUUAAUGCUUUUUAUAUUAAGACAUACUAACACAAGCUUUAUUAAUGUCAUGAAAUAAUUACAAAUUUUUGCAUUCUGAAGAAUAUUAUUGUUCUAAUUUAAUGUGGGUUAUAUUCGGAGAUAAUAAGACGACAAAUCGGAAUUAUAUAAUGAAGACUCCGUGGGGAACUCAAAGUUAGCUGCUAAUAUGGGGUUAAUAUACGACUAUACAUUGUACGGUUAAACUACUAACUCAGUAUUAGUAAUGUCAAAAUUGAUUAGUAUGAGAGAGCAUUUCGUAUUUUAACCCAGCUAUUGGCGCAAGCGGGCCCAAGGAGGUUUUAAUAUAUGGUAUAGUUUAAGUUAUUAACAUUCUACUGUUCCUGAGGAGUCGAAUUAGAUCUUUAUUUACAAAUGUAUGUGCAUUUACACUAUUUUCGUACAACCCCGCGGCGUUAAAAAUACACUGCCAAUUUAAAAAUUAUUAUGUUAGUUAAGAUUUUUUUCUAUUAAAAGUUAUAUAUGUAAUAGUGUACCUUACCUUACUGUUAGCAAAGAAGAUAUAUAAAAAGCAAACAAGCAUUAUACUAUGUAAGAGUUUUCUUGAUAUUUUAGAUGUUAAAAUGGCUAUGUAAAGUUUGACAAGAAUAAAUUGGUUUUUUUUAGUGGCAGCUUUUCUUCAACUUUUAUUGAUCGGUCGUCAGAGUUGUUUUGACAUGGAUAGUUAUAGCCGUUUGUGGAGUUGCGACUUUGCCUGGCAUUGUUUUCUCAAGAAAUAGUCACCUAUCUCAAUUUCCGGCUCUUUAACAAUCUCCAUUCCAAUAAUCUCAUUGAUCCGUUGCUGCUUGAAGGACAAGGAUAAACGAACAGACUGACAUACACUAUUUUAAUAUUAGUCUCAAUUAUUAUGAACAACGUUUUUUAUUGCAUAAUAAAAUAAUGUACGAUUCUUUUUUUUUUUUUUUUGAUCAAGGUAAUUGUGUCUAUUUUUCAGCGAAACUUCAAGAAAACUUGAGCUUGUUUGUUUACGUUUUGUGCAACUUCUUUAUAUUGGGAACAUGAUAGGGGUUUACCGUUGUAUACGCGAGAUUUGUCCGUAAACCAUUGUGGGCAGUUCCACAUACAAUUUGUAUAAAAUAUCUGCUCUGAGGUCAUCAAAGAUCAUCAUCAUUAAUAUACUACUCUCUCGUAGCAGAGAGGUAUGUAGAGCUUUUACCCACCAUACGUGUCCCAUUGGCAAGCUUUGACGAUUAUUAUCUUAAUAAUUUUGAAGCGUUAUUGGUAGUUACACAAAAGUCGCGUAACACAGUUGAACCCCUUUGUGUACAUUUUAGUCAUAGUAAGAAGGGGGCCAGUGGAAACACGCCAUGCAACGCAACGUAACGACACGCAUGUUGAGUCAAAUCAAAUCUUAGUGUGUUAGUAACUCAAGACGCGUGAAGACUCCUGAAGUGGUAUGCCGUACAACAUAUGCGCCCCUGUAAUUAACUUCGUACGCAUUAGUAUUGUAAGAUAUUUAAGAAAUUAUUUUUGUGUGAACCAUAACGCACAUUUGGGCAAAUUGCAACAAAAUUGUAUAAGAAGUUGCAUUGAAUUUUUCAUGUUGAACUUCAUGAGAUCUUUUUGCAAUUGUCCAAAUGUUGGUAUCUACCAGAAAAUUUAUUUCCUUAGCCAAAUUUAAAGUCAUAUCAAUGAGAUUAAAUAAACUACUUACAUAGCA